AUGGUUGAUGUAGCAGACAAAUCCGUGGGACAGCAGGCCCCUCGUCGGNAACCUGCGCAUAUAGUGUCUGCCUUUCGUGACUCGAUGGUUGAUGUAGCAGACAAAUCCGUGGGACAGCAGGCCCCUCGUCGGGACAGUGCCGCUGUGAACCUGGCCCAAGGAAUGAAGCACACACCGGCAGACGUGGAUGCACAGCGAGGGCUCAUGAAUGGGCCCCGUAGAGACGGUGGUGGUGGUGGUGUUCAGUUGUAUGAGGAUCUUCCGAUUCGGCAAGGGGAUCCUCGAUUUCACUUCGAUCCGCAGAAGCAAAUGUUGCACAUGACAACGAAUCCAGGGAAGCAUGGUUCAGUGUAUCAAGAUGUCAACAACGGAAAUUUCUCUGCUACUCAAGCAGCUCGGGAACGCGUCGACUUCCAACAACGACUUCGAGAACCUCGUGCAACAGUCAACCAGUGCAUGGAGUGGAAUGACCGUUCUCCGGAUCACAAGGAACUUGAGGGCAUUCGGAUUCAGUUGUAUCGUUUGGACGCCAUUUUGCAUGCUGAGGCCAUGAGUCUGUUUGCUAUGCGUGAUGAUAAGGGCAUUCGGAUUCAGUUGUAUCGUUUGGACGCCAUUUUGCAUGCUGAGGCCAUGAGUCUGUUUGCUAUGCGUGAUGAUAAGAAUCUUCUGGAAGGCGCCCUGCAUAGUGUCCAACAAAAACUGAAUGGCGGCGACCCGCAGAACCCGAACCUCACUGCUGCUGAGAUUGACAAGCUCAAACGCCAAGAAGUCUUGCUCGAGCAAGAACUCUCUUUCAUCAAGAGCCAUCUGGACAACAGUGCUGCUGCUGAUGAGGUUGGGCCUGACGACGUUAUUCCAGCCACCCGUGGAAUUUGGGAGCAGCAAUGA